AACCAAUCACAUCACGCCACGUCACUUCACGCAGGGCAAAAUUGUCAUUUCUGCGCAUUACCCCUAGCUUCCAACACCGUGAAUACCCUAGCGAAUUCAGAGAAGGCGCGAAUCAAUCCACGACGUCACAGUUGCCGGCAUUUUCGCCGUCGAACAUACUUUCAGAUUCUGGUUUUUGUUGCUUUUAGUUACAGCUUGAUUGUUUGUUGGGAAUUUGAGAUUCACCAGAAAACCUGAAAUUCACCAGUGGGAAUUUCUACCUAAGUGAUGCAGAGAAGAAUAAUUUCGCAAUUUUCUUAUUCCAAGAGGGUACACUGCCAAUUAAGUCCAAUUUUCUUCUUUGCUUCCAGAAGAACCCUAACCCUAGGAGGGGAAGGAGUGGAUGAUCCACUGUAUGCAGAUGUACCAAGGCCUUGUAGAAGAAAGUCGGAGAGGAAGCCGUAUCCAACACCCAUGAAAAUUCUGAUCCGAAGAGCCAAGGAAGAGAAGGAAGCUAGAAAGGCCCAGCCUAGUAGGGUGCUUGAAGACCCCCCCGACAAUGGUUUGCUUGUCCCUGAACUCAUCGGGGUGGCUCAUCAAGUUUAUCAAGCCCAACAGUCACUCCUCCUUGGCCUCAGAAAACUCAUUGAUGUCAUUCCCGUUCAACGCUGCAGGUUCUGCUUUGAAGUUCACAUUGGCCAUAUGGGUCACGAAAUUCGAACGUGCACUGGUCCAAAGAGUGGUUUCCGUAGUUCUAAACAUGUUUGGAGAAAGGGGCGAGUUGAAGAUGCAGUUUAUUUUCCCAAAUGCUUCCAUCUCUGUGAUCGUGUUGGAAAACCCAGAGUUGUACAUGAUGAGAGGUUUAACAUCAAAAGAAUCCCUGCCAUUUUAGAGCUCUGCAUUCAAGCAGGUGUAGACCUUGAAAAGUACCCUACAAAGAGAAGAGCAAGGCCUGUAUAUUGUAUUGAAGGAAGAAUUGUAGAUUUUGAGCCAGAGACAGAAAAAGAUGAAAUGAGAAGAAAUGUAGAAGCUUCUGAUUUGGGGACCAAAACUGAAGAGAUGGAAAGGAAUUCCAAUUCACAUAAUCCUAGUCAUUUUCUCACACAUUCAAAUAAUGGGGAGGAGAAGAGCUUGAAGGAAUUAAGUACCACCACACUUGAAUCAUGGUUUGAGAUGAUAUCAGGAGCGAAAAAGAUUAUGGAGAAGUACAGUGUGAAGACUUGUGGAUAUUGUCCUGAAGUUCAGGUGGGUCCCAAGGGACACAAGGUGAGAAUGUGCAAAGCAUCAAAGCACCAGUCUCGCAACGGUUUGCAUGCUUGGCAAGAAGCAACAAUAGAUGAUCUUGUGGGUCCCAACUAUGUCUGGCAUGUACAGGAUCAAAAUAGGCCUGCUUUGGAUAACAGCCUGAAGCGGUAUUAUGGCAAGGCUCCAGCUGUGGUGGAGUUGUGUGUGCAGGGUGGUGCAUCCAUUCCAGAUCAGUAUAGGAGUAUGAUGAGAUUGGACGUGGUUCCGCCUGACCGUGAUGAAGUUGAUCUUGUUGCUUGACAUGGUGUUUCUUCCCACAGAUGAAUGGUACAUUACUCAAAACAUUAGAGAAUCUGAAGAUCCUUUGCUUUUGCAUUAGAGCUGAAGUUCUUUGUCUUGAUGGAAUUCGACUCAAAAGGAGUUUCCAGUAAGUCCUUUUCAUUUAAGGCUGUUGAUCUAUUGUAGAUGUGCAAAUUUUUCAUCACCUGCAGUCUCAUUAAAAGAAUCUAGCACAUACUACUAGAAGAGGCCACCUUAAAUUUGAUGUGGCUUCCAAAUUGAUUACUGCCAACUGUUGGUGGUCCAUAAUUUCAUAGUUUGGCAACUGGACCAUAUCUGGUCCAAAACCCACUGAGAGGCCUGGACAAAAUAACUUGAGAAGUGUCCAUACCCAUAUAAUAUGACUUUUUUCUUAAGAAUUUAUGGGGAAAAAACACUUUCAAGAUCGUUCAGAAAGGAAAAUAGAUAGUUUCUUGUUGGAAUGUCACAUGUAGUGAUCAGAGAAAUUCUUGUAUCCUUUAAUCUCCUCCUUAAAUUGUUUUGCUGAGACUCUCAUCUCCUCCUUCAAAGUCUAGCACCUAAUAUAGAUUCUUAGUCCAAGGUUAUCAAUACCUAUUGGAAUUACUUGAUGCUGAGCACUUAAGUGGGUCUUUGUGGAGUAAGCCAUGGCACAAAUCAAUUGUUUAAACAGUUUUAUCUCCUCUUCUUCCUCUUCCUCUUAUAAGAUGAAACAUCAAAAUUAAGGAACAAAUCCCGAUUUCCUGAGGGGUGAAACCAUGGGGAAAGGUGAUAGAAUUAUGUACCUCAAAUCUGUAUUGUGUCUUUGGAUCAAACCAGUUAGGAGGGUUUUGGUAUGUGGAUGGCCAAUACAAAGCAUAUAUUGCACAUAGUGGACGGGGAUCAUGAAUAUUAAUUGAAUCUUGUCUUAAAUUGUUCAAAUUGAAUGCUUGUUUUUUACUAGAAUAAGAGGUGGCUUGCUUGUUUUUCUAUCUGUUGAGGAUUUCAAUAGAUGGCCUUGAUUCAAUUCAUUGUCUUCUUUUCUGCAAUUUCAGUAUUGAUUAAAUCUCUGUGUAGCUUUUGACUACUAUCAAAGUGGGAGCUGGUCCCUUCAUGAAAUCAUCCUUGAAGAACCUUGAUUUGGACAAAUUCAGCAUCAUUCGGUACUAUCGUUCAUGCUCAUCAACCCCACAAAGUGCCAUUCCUGCCGGAAUUCUGAUUUCUCUCAUAUGGCCUGAGGCUGGAAUACGUGUAGUAUUGCCCCAGUUUGAGACUGAAAGCAUUACUAUCUUCGGCCGGGAUGGAAAAAACAUGUGCUGAAUACAAUUUUUCACAUGGCCGGAUCAGCCCUCUCCCUCUGGGAGCCUGAAGCUUCCAGUUUUCACCUGGCUUCUACAGAGACAGGGUUUUCCUGUGUGAGAUUUUGGAGACGUGGCAUUAGGCAGCUGACCUAUAGCUGCAAGUGGACCAAUAGCCAGAAACCAAACAGAGACAAAAAGUACGAGCCACGGACUGUGCAUUCUCAGCUGGCGCGCAUGUGUGCAUGUGUGACACAAUGGCUCCAUUGGCUCCCUACCAGCAGCUAGGCUCAAGAGCAUGUCUUUAUGCGGUGGUGUAUGGGCCCAUGUGGAGCAACGGUCGGGAAAAAAAAUGCCGUUGUGGCGGAUUGCUCUUCAGAAAUAGGUCGGCGCUGGGGUGUGAUUUUGUGUUAAAGCUUAAAAUCAUGCACGGUUUUUCAUGUAUUUUUAGACCAAAUACUCCGGUGACAAAACAGGUGUUUUGAAAAA